AUCACCACCACAAAUCUUUCCAGACCGUUCAACCUCUUGCAGUUCAGGGUGCUGUAAAGGUAAUUCUAGCCUUGGUUUAUCUACGUUUAAGGUUGGCUUUCUCCAGUUAAUACGGAAUUUAGCUAAAGUUUGGUACUGGGCAGCUUUAGAUGAUUUCUCUUCUUACUAUAUAUUCGAAACUGUGGCUGGAAAUCCUGGAAUGCUACAUUGAUGUCCUUUUUGUUUCAAGUCCUGGGUCUUGGUAACUCUCUAUUGGUCAAGACAUUUCAUGGGAUAACUCCUAAGAUGGAGCUCUUGCUGUGUUUGGUACAAUGGAUCUCAACAUAUACUGCUUUAAGAGGAGGUAAUAAUGUGGCUGGGUGGGGCAGAAGUUUGCAGAAGAAAGCAUCCCACUCCAUGUGUAUUUUGUUUGGUUUUUGGUGGCUGGUCGGAGGUUCUCUGUUUGGUUGUUUAUUGUGGAAUCUCUCAUGCAUUGUUGUUUUGUAAUUUGGUACCUUUUUAUUUUUCUCUUGGCCUGUCUUGUUGGGACUCUUGGCCACCCAUCAUGUACCCUUUCAUCUUUUCUUUUUAAUAUAAUAAAUUUCUCAAUAAAAUAUAUAUAUAUAUAUAUAUAUAUAUAUAUAUAUAUAUAUAUAUAUAUUUUGGUUCUGGUGAGAAUGAGAUCUUAGGAAAGAAAUGAGAAUGAAUAUCCACCCUUAGAUCUGAUAUCACGUUUGCGCUGAAUCUUGGGUAUUUUGGUAUUUCAAGACCUCACCUAUCUCAUUAUAUUCUCUCUCCCAUCUAUUUCCUAAAUCUACUCCUAAUUUUACGGAUCUACUCCAUUCUCAACUCUUUAGAAAAUCUGCGAUCUAUCUUCCUUCUCACAAUUGAUCCAGGUAGGUGAAUUACUAAAGUUUCAAAAAAGAAUACAACAAUCAGGGAGAAUGAAGCAAAUACCAACCC